GGAACGAGAGCUUAUGGCUUUCCGCAACCGCUGGAGCGGGCACACAUAUAAAACCUCCCCCAUCCCACCCGUUUGCACGGCCAUCACCCUCUGCCCAUCCGUUUCCGCGGCCCUCCGCAUCCUCUCUCUUCUCCCAAAGAAAAUUUAUCGUGCUUGCCUUUUGUGUCGCUGGGCAUGGCCGUGCAGGCGCAGCACGCAUUCCACCACGACCUACACUCCUACAGGGCUCUGGAGGACGGCACGACUGGCGCCUCUCUGUUCUUGGACACGCCGGCCGUGGCGGGGGUCGUUAACACGGCGGUUCUCAGCGAUCUCACCUGCAACGACCACAGCUACGACUACGCUUUCGCGCCGAGGAAGCGGGCGCGCGUGGCGGCGGAGGCGCCUGGCUUCGCGGUGGAGCUGGAACAGCCGCGCGGUGUCAGGACGCCAGCGGUGCCGCAGGAGUUUGUGCCCGUCGGCGACAUGCUGAGCAGGGUGGUGGGCUCCGGUACUCCGUCCACCAGUGGGAGGAUUGGCAAUGCCGCCGGCGUGCCCCGGCUGUUCCACCCGGGCAUGGACAUCGACGCGCUCGUGCGAGUCGAGACCGAGCGCAUGCGUGCGUGCUUGGAGGAGGCGCGUCGGCGGCACGUCCGGGCGCUGGUGGCUGCCGCUGAGCGUGCCACGGCGGGGCGUCUGCGGGCCGCGGAAUCCGCGCUGGAGCUGGCACGCGGGCGCACUGCGGAGCUCGAGGAGAGGCUGCGCCAGACCAUCGCGGAGGGGCAGGCGUGGAUCGGCGUCGCCAGGAGCCACGAGGCCGUCGCCGCGGGGCUCCGGGACACCCCCGACCAGCUCCUCAUCCAGUCCCCUUCUUGCGCCGCCCAAUCCGGGGAGUGCGAGGACGCGCAGUCCUGCUGCUUCGAGACGACCCCCGCGUGCGCCGACGACGGCGACGCGGCGUCCAUGGCGUCGGCGGCGUGUUGUUGCAAGGCCUGCGGCGAGGGCGGGGCGUGCGUGCUGCUUCUGCCGUGCAGGCACCUGUGCCUGUGCCGCGCGUGUGAGGGCGCCGUGGACACGUGCCCCGUGUGCGCCGCCACCAAGAACGCUUCGUUCCACGUCCUGCUUUCCUGACGCCUGCGCGCGGGUCCGCGUGGAGGCCACAAGUCACAGUUGGUUCAGUUUGCGGAGCUGGAAGCCUGGAGCAGAUGGAGUGCCAUUGCUUCGAGAAUUUUCUAGCAGAUGUGGUCAUGUCUCAGGGUAUUCAGCAGAACAAUUUCUAUCUGGAUGGCACUGAAGAAUGCCACCUACUCGGAGACGCAAAGGUGUCGUCCGAGCAAAUCGUGCACAACCCAGUGUGUCCUGAAUGCAUCCUGAAUUCGACAUAAAACGUGAUUUUAGAGAAGAGUGGAGCACAGCACAGCAUCCGUCGAAUUGUGAAUUUGGGGGUUGAGCAGUCUGCCUGAAAUUCUGGAUCAUUCAGGGAAGCGUUGCUUUGGAAAUUUAUUUCAGCAAAAUUGCAAAACAAUGGCAACAUAUGAUGACUGCUGGAAUCCUAAGCUCAGCACAUCCGAAGUUCGCUUCGUCCGUCUUACUGGCCUCUGAAAAUAAAUUUGUUCAGGUGUUGCUCUGAUUCCGCUGCGGAAACGGGGAUCGGAUGAAGUUGUUAGAGGUGACCGAAGCUAUAUGAUCUGAUUUCCGAAGUGAUUUGUCCUCCUCUGUAAUGUUAUCAAGAUUGGAAAGGUUUUGGCUAAGUUUUUGUCUAUGCACACGAGUCAGUUUGAUCAAUUUCGUGAGAGCGCGCCAAUAACGAAGAUUGUUUGGUAGCCUGGUCAAACGUUUUGUUCUGAUCGAUGUAGCGAUGCACUCGGUCAGCUAGGACGUUCUCUGGUUAAAGAGAUCGCAAAAACUAUUCUCUGACCAGCUGAACUUUCUAUGAGCACAUCGCGUAGAACCGUAGACACAUGUCGUUUGACCUUUUUGUGGCGGUAUAUGACUAAAAUAUUGCUUGUUCCUUGUAUUAGGGAAUCUCCUGAUUUGUUUUACAUAAAGAAUUGUAUGAAGCAGGUGGUUGUUUGGUGGAA